UCUUAGUUUGUUCAUAUUAAUUCAAUCCCUUUAUCUUUACCAAGUACCAAUAUAUCAUAUUUUCUUCUCUAAGUUUUUUUUUUUUUUUUUUUUUCUCUCUUUAAUUUGGUUCUUAUGGAUGCUGAUUCUCAAGAGUUGGCAAAGCAAAUCAAAGGCAAAGGAGACAAUGAUGACUACAAACAAUACCAUACUUCUCCUAAAACCAAUAAUCAAAUCAACAAGAAAACAAUUUUCCACAAACCAAAGCAACACUAUAAAAAAUGGGUUUUGAUCACUAUCUAUACCCUUUUUAUUCUCAUUGGUAGCACUAGUGCAACUCUCUUAGGAAGACUUUAUUUUGACAAAGGUGGUAAUAGCAAAUGGAUGGCUACCUUAGUACAAUCAAUUGGUUUUCUUCUUUUCAUACCCUUAAAAUUCAUCUUCUCACCCUCAAAAACUACCCUACAUAGCCCUUCACAAUUUAAACUCUCCUUACUAUACUUAACUUUUGGCCUCAUUUUAACCGGAGAUAACUUAAUGUACUCAUAUGGACUCUUAUACCUCCCCGUCUCUACCUACUCUUUGUUGUGUGCCUCACAACUAGCCUUCAACGCGAUUACAUCCUUCUUUAUAAACGCACAAAAAUUCACUGCUCUAGUGAUUAACUCAAUUGUAAUCCUUACCAUCUCGGUCUGUCUCUUAGCCAUUAAUUCCAAGGAUGAAAACAAUAUGGCCAAUAAUAUCCCAAUGGGAAAAUAUGUUAUAGGGUUUUUAUGUACUAUUGGUGCAUCCGCGACAUAUUCUUUAAUGUUGUCCUUGACACAAUACUCAUUCGAAAAAGUGAUAAAGGACGAGAGUUUUAAUACUGUCGUAUGUAUGCAGCUUUAUCCUUCGUUUGUCUCGAGUUGUGCUUGUGUAGUAGGGCUCUUUGCUAGCGGGGAAUGGAAGACAAUUAAUAUGGAAAUGGGGGAUUUCAAGUUAGGGAGAGUUCCCUAUGUGAUGAUAUUAACUUGUACGGCUAUAAGUUGGGAAGUUUCCUCAUUUGGAUUAUUAGGGUUAAUAUUUGAGAUUUCUUCACUUUUCUCUAAUGUGAUUACUACAUUGGCUUUACCAUUAACACCGGUUUUUGCGGUUGUGUUCUUUCAUGAUAAGAUGAAUGGGGUGAAGAUCAUUGCUUUGGUAUUGGCUAUGUGGGGAUUUUUUUCUUAUAUAUAUCAACACUAUUUGGAAGAAAUUGAAGCUAAUAAGGCACAAAACGAAAAUUGGAAUGAAGUUGAUCUUGAUGUAAGCUUAGAGAUGUGCUAAUCAUGCAUAUGUUUGAAAGGUUGUACUUAGAAUUAUGAAUUUAUGAUAAAAUUUUUGUGAUCUUUUGAGAAAUGAAAUGAUUUUGGUUGGGUCGGGAAACGGACAACUAGAAAUGAAUCAGAUUUCUCAUGAAAAAGUAAUAUAUGUUUUAAUUAGAUACGA